UGUGUGUAUGCCUGUCUUCGUGGCUGUACAUUUCUGCGCAUGCGCAGUGUGCAGGAAACAGUGUGACCACGUAGCUGAGUUGGUGUCGGCUGAGGUAAAGCACCGGGGUUUGAAAAUACAGCCGAAGUAAAUAAAUUCACGGCCGCUAAAUCACAGUAUCGGGCCUUUACAAAAUGGCGAGGUACCUGAGGCCGCCUAACACGUCUCUCUUCGUUAGAAACAUCGCCGACGAGUCCAGGCCAGAGGAUUUACGACGUGAGUUUGGUCGUUAUGGGCCUAUUGUAGAUGUCUACAUUCCACUUGACUUCUAUACACGACGGGCAAGAGGAUUUGCUUACAUUCAAUUUGAAGAUGUCCGGGAUGCAGAGGACGCUCUUCACAACCUGGAUCGUAAAUGGGUUUGUGGGCGUCAGAUCGAGAUCCAGUUCGCCCAGGGGGACAGAAAGACCCCUAACCAGAUGAAGUCCAAGGAGCGCCAUUCUCCUCGCAGUUUCUCCCGCUACGACGAUGAUCGGGAUAGUCGUCGAAGACGGUCCAGGAGCCGUAGCUACGAUAGACGCAGGUCUCGCAGCCCCUCCUAUGAGCGCCGUCCCCGGAGGUCUGAGAGCCCUAGAGAAUCUCGGUCCUACAGUCGACACAGACGGAGCAGAAGCCAUGAAAAUGAAAAGUACAGAGGUCCUCCUCGUGAGCACCACAGGACACACCAUGCAGCAGGCUCACGUAGCCACUCUGCGUCCCGCUCCCCUUCACCUUCCAGACCCAUGUCCAAAGGUAAAAAGAGCCAGUCCAGAUCCCACAGCCCGGCGGAGGACUUCCACCCAACCUCCAGCUCCCACAAACAGCCCGGUGGACGAUCCCCGUCACGCUCCUACUCUAGAUCCCUGUCCCGGUCACGCUCUCGCUCCAGGUCGUGGGCCGGACGCAAGUCCGGAGGCCACUGACUGACUGUCCCACCAAAGUCGUGUUAAUCUGUCUCUGAGGAUGUUUCUGUUCGGCUACGAUAAGUAGAGUGUUUGCAUUUGUUAUCACCACAUUAUGGAGUCUGUUGCCAAAGGGAAGAGAGCAGCAGGAGCUCAGACAUUUGUUUUAGAGAAAAUGUGUUUUGUUCUAAAGUGAUCUAUGAAAGCACAGAUGAUCGUUAUCAGUUUAUGCUUGGACUUGUAUAAUAAGGGUUGCUGAAGGUAAAAUAAAGUUUGGCAUUGCCAGUAUUUUUGUACUCUGAGUUAGCAAUAUUUACAUCAUUUGUUAGUAUGAUGCCUGUUUCACUUUGGCUCUAUUUUUUGUGUGUAAUAAAAACACAAAUUACUAAUCUGAAUUUCAGGCCCUGACUAACCAGUAUUAACUAACUAUGCUGUUCUUGGAUAACUGGUGUCAGGGGCACUGUUAUACUGCUGUAUACUAUAGUAGCUGUAAAUACUGUAGCAAUGGAUGAUGAAUGGAAUGACAGUUAUUUGCUACCUUAUACUUUGUCCAGUAUUGUAUGUAACAAUAUGUUUAAGAUAAACUGUAUUCAUUUCUCUUGUACUUUGUUCCAGCAAGUGAAACAAAGUCAGUUGAAUAUUUCAAGUGUUCCUUAGUACUGUUAUCCUAGUUUACUUGGUAUGCUUUGUCAAUAAAGAAAUGAAGAAGCCUGAA